CCUUAACACCCCAAAAGACAGACAAACAAACAAACACGGACCCAGAUGUCGGACACAAUCUCCUUCGAGAUGGGCUCGGCGUCGGAGCGGCCGCCCAACAGGUUCCAAGUGAACCCGGUCAACGGCAAUAGUCGCAAGGCACAGGCUCCGGAAGGCACGACACCCGGAUCCGGUGCGGGGCCCGGGGACGAGGGCCCGCACGAGGUCUACCGGCGCCUCACAAACGCCGAGGGCGAGCUGCUCGAGGACGAUACAUUCGAUGCGACACAAGUGCUGAACCAACACCAGCCAAGGAUGCAAAGGCAGUCCAUCAAGAGCAGCUUCCGUGACAAGGAUAAGCCCUCCCGGUUUAAGGACCUGCAGACGACGACUCGCUUUCAGGUGGAUCCGGAGAACGAGGUGUCCGAGGAGUCUAAUGAUUCGCAGGAGGAGCGCGAGUUGCUGGAGAACGAAUACGACACAAAAUAUGGUAAAAGUUUCCGACACUUUACGCGAGAGGCGUUACCUCGUCUGGACAACUACCGGAACAUGAUGUCCAUCCAGGCCGCCUACCGUCCAACGCUCGACGAGCUGCACAAUGCGACGCUGACGGGCAAGAACACGCACAGCUUGACGCGCAACCAGGACCUCGAGUCGGGCAUCAUGAACGGCAUUCUGAAGUUCGGAUGGAUCAAGGGUGUCCUCAUACGCUGCCUGCUGAACAUCUGGGGCGUGAUGCUCUUCCUCCGCCUCAGCUGGGUGGUGGGCCAGGCGGGGAUAGUCGAGGGAUUCGUAUUAAUUCUGACAACGACCGCUGUCACAACCAUCACGGCACUGUCGAUGUCGGCGAUAAGCACUAAUGGUGUAAUCAAGGGAGGUGGAACGUAUUACAUGAUAUCCCGGUCGCUGGGCCCGGAGUUUGGCGGCUCCAUUGGCCUGAUUUUUUCGCUGGCGAACGCCGUGGCCUGCGCCAUGUAUGUGGUCGGCUUCUGCGAGUCCAUGCUGGCCAUGAUGGGCACCUACGGCUGGGCAAUAGUCGACGGCGGCGUCCAGGACGUCCGCAUCAUAGGCUGUGUCACCAUUCUGCUGCUGCUGAUUAUCGUAGUCGUCGGCAUGGAGUGGGAGGCCAAGGCCCAAAUCGGACUGCUCAUCAUCCUGCUGGUGGCCAUCGGGGACUUUGUCAUUGGUACCUUCAUCGGACCCAAAAGCGACGAGGAGAUGGCGAAGGGCUUCCUGGGCUACAACUCCACCCUAUUUACGAAAAACAUGUUUGCGGACUACCGCCUGGAAAAGGGCGUCCAGCACGACUUCUUCUCAGUAUUCGCCAUCUUCUUCCCGGCAGCCACUGGUAUCUUGGCAGGAGCGAACAUAUCCGGGGACCUCAAGGACCCCCAAAAAUCCAUACCGAAGGGAACUAUCUUGGCCAUUAUCAUCACGACUGGAACGUACCUGAUCAUGGUGCUCCAAUGCGGAGCUACAGUGGCCCGUGACGCCACCGGAAACCUUACGGAUACCGUAAAUGGCUCCUUUGCCUUCUUGGACUGUCAGCCAGGGGAAUGCAGCUAUGGCCUCCAGAACUCGUUCCAAAUUAUUGAGCUAGUGUCUGGAUUUGGUCCUCUGAUCUAUGCCGGAUGCUUUGCCGCCACUCUCUCCUCAGCCUUGGCCAGUUUGGUUUCGGCUCCCAAGGUUUUCCAGGCCUUGUGCAAAGAUGAGCUCUACCCGAAAAUAGUUUGGUUCGCCAAAGGAUAUGGCAAGAACAACGAGCCUGUGCGCGGAUACGUCCUCACCUUCAUUAUUGCUUCAGCCUUCAUCCUGAUCGGAGAACUAAACUUGAUAGCUCCUCUCAUCUCCAACUUCUUCCUGGCCGCCUACAUGUUGAUCAACUUUAGUACCUUCCAUGCCAGUCUGGCCAAGCCGGUGGGCUGGCGACCAACCUUCAAGUAUUACAACAUGUGGCUGAGUCUUCUGGGCUCCGCUCUCUGCGUGGCGGUGAUGUUUCUGAUUUCGUGGGCCACCGCACUCAUCACCUUCGCCGUGGUGCUGGCGCUGUACUUAAUCGUGGCCUAUCGUAAGCCGGACGUCAACUGGGGCUCCACCACUCAGGCGCAGACCUACAAGAACGCCCUCAUGUCAGUGCAGCAGUUGAACAACGUAGAAGAACACGUCAAGAACUACAGGCCACAGAUCCUGGUGCUAUCCGGCCUGCCCAACACCCGCCCGGUCCUCGUUGACUUGGCCUACAUGCUGACCAAGAACCUGUCUCUGCUGGUGUGCGGCCAUGUGGUACGCGGAUCCAGCUCUCAGAAGUACCGGACCUACCUGCAGGAGCGGGCGGGAAACUGGUUCAGGAAGCACCGCGUCAAGGGCUUCUACGCCCUGGUGGAUGGCGAGGACUUUGAGUCCGGUACCCGAGCUCUGAUGCAGGCCUCGGGCAUAGGCAAGCUGAAGCCCAACAUCAUCCUGAUGGGCUACAAGACGGACUGGCAGACGUGUGACAGGAAGGAGCUGCAGCAGUAUUUCAACGUUAUGCACAAGGCCCUGGACAUGUAUCUCUCGGUGGCCAUCUUGCGGGUGCCGCAGGGCCUGGACUGCUCGCAGGUGCUGGGCUCCCAGGACGGCUGGAAGACGGUGGCCGACGUGCCGCGCACCCUGCAGCCAAACGAGAGCUCCGGGGACCUGCAGGCGGCAGACAGCCAUGCGCGGAACGGCCUGGGCGGCAGCAUUGAUUCCCUCAGCCGGAAUGUCUCGCAGGAAGACCGCAACCGCAACGAAGUGCUCUCCGGGGAACAGAGCAGCCUGAAGAUUGUAAAGUUGCGGUUCAAGCAGAGUCUGCGAAGAAUGCGCUCCUGGCCAGGUGCAGGUGCAGGUUCAGCCUCCAGUACCAGCGACCUGUCCUUCAUCGCAGGAAACCAGUCAAAGGAUGUUUCCGGCAUGCCCGAUCCUCUGGAUGUCAAGACCGCCAAUCUUCUGCCCAACACGCUGCGCAAGUCGAAGCUGAAGCAUGACGACCCCGCCUCCCUGUACAAGGGACCGGGCGGCGCGGAGCUGCCCAAAGAGGUCCUCCAGGACCUCACCCAGUUCACGAGGAAGCGCAGCCACGCCGUAAUCGAUGUCUGGUGGCUGUACGACGACGGCGGCCUCACCCUCCUCUUGCCCUACAUCAUCAGCACUCGGCGCACCUGGCAAUCGUGCAAAUUGAGGGUCUAUGCUUUGGCCAACAAGAAGGCCGAGCUGGAAUUCGAACAGCGUUCAAUGGCCAGCCUGCUCUCCAAGUUCCGGAUCGAUUAUUCGGACCUGACGCUUAUUCCGGACAUAACAAAGAAGCCCCAGGAAACAUCGACGCAGUUUUUCAACGAGCUUAUCAAGGACUUUGUGGUUCCAGACAAGGACAAUGAGAAUGGGCACAGCAGUAGGGCCACCCUCAACGAGGACGAAGCCCUCAUCAGUGACGAUGAUCUUCUGGCGGUCCAGGACAAGACGAAUCGGUACCUCCGCCUGCGGGAGUACCUGCGCGAGCAGUCCACCAAGUCGGACCUGGUGGUUAUGACGCUGCCCAUGCCGCGCAAGAACAUCGUCUCUGCCCCCCUGUACAUGGCUUGGCUGGAGAGCCUGAGCCGGGAUAUGCCGCCCUUCCUGUUUGUGCGCGGCAACCAGACGAGCGUGCUGACCUUCUACUCAUAGGACAUCGCGUCUGUCCGGAUCCGGCUUCUAUUGUAUUCUACUUACACCUACGACAACACUCCCUCUCACCGCUAAUGCUAGCCGUUCGAGUAUUCUAUCUCUUAGCUGUACCACUAAUGUACAUAAAUUUAGGGACACCAAACCCACCCAACGACCUCCCACUACCCCUACCACUCCACCCCCAACCACUCCACAACGGAACGCACAGAGGCACUUGCACUGGCACCGGCGGAGGGAUCCGGCCUGGGAUCGGGAACGCUCUGGGAACCCAUUAAAGCCGUCAAUACUAUUUAAUGUGGGGGCGCCACCAUCCGAUCCGCACCAACGGUUCCCUCCGGGUGGUCGUUAUAAACAUUCUCCUUGCAAUCGAGUUUAAAUUGUAUUUAAAUACAGUGAAAAUACUUUGUAA